UGAUUUUUAAGCAAACCUCUGACCCAUCAUGACAUUCAAACUGUAAUGCUGAGAUGUGCAGAGAUAAUUCUGGUUUGUGUUCUGUUGUUUCAAAGUGAAGCCGUCAUGCAGACGCAUUUCCCUUCCAGAAAAAGUGUCACAUCCUCUUGAACCACUUUGAGAGAUGAGAAUUUGUGGCUUGAGUCGCCCAAUAAAAGUUCAGAGGACAGUUGAGACGACCUCAGUUCAGAGCAGCAGCAGAUGUUGCAUCGAUAAGCUGGUCAGAUGGAUGCAGUGAGAGUCGGCCUUUUACUGCUACUGCCAUGUGUUGCAUGCUUUAUGAACGGCAAAGGGACUCUUGUGAAAACAAUCGGGAAAGAAUCUGAAUUCACUCCAAUCUGCACCAACGAAACAUCAAAUAUCAUCAUGUUGAUCAUUUGUAAGAUCAGAACGGAGAGAAGCGGUGGAGAGCAGUGCAGUCUGCGGUAUAAGAACGAAGGCGACUUUGUUCAUGAGUGUGACUCCAGGUUUUCACUAAAAACCAGGAAUCAAACUGUGUUUCUGCACCUGACCAGUUUAACAGCAGCUGAUAGUGGGAACUAUUCCUGUGAGUGUUCAAAUCUUGAUGGAACAUAUUUUCUUCAUCUCAGCAUCACAGUAAAUGGCUCAUUUCCUAAUAAUAAUUCAUCAGAUGAAGUUUGGAGCCAGUCUGCAGGAGUGACUCUUCCUUCUGCUUUGACUGCUGCAGUUCUCUUAAUUUUCAUAGUUUCAGUUAUUCUGGGAUUUAUUCACAGAAGACAUCCACAUCGAGGGCAACCAGAAUCAUGCAGACAUAAUCUAGAGGAGGACUUGACUGAAAUUGAGCCGUACAGCUCCUACACUCAGAAGGAAAAUUCGCUUUAUUCAACAGGCAUAUUGUACAGCUGUCAAAUUAAUUCUGACUAUUCAAAUAUUUUCACUUGAACAGACAACUUUGCCUUCACUGCCUUUGGCUGUCGUUUAAUUUGUGUUUAUGGUAAUUUCCUUGUGGUUUAUUUAUGUUCAAUACAUCUUGCCAUACUCAGUAAAUUUCCUUGUAUUCAUUAAUGUUGGAAUGUUGUUGCCAUAUAAGCUAAUUCCUUUGUGUUUCAUUUCUUGUUGUGUUCUGUUAUUUGUGCAAUUGGAUUUAGUUCUCUGAGAUCACUGUUGAUCUUUUCCACUUGAUUUGUAGUUUAUCUCGGUUGUAGUUUCUGUUCCUGGACUUCCUCUCUCAGUUUCUCCGUUUUCUGCUUGCCUCAGCUGUACAACAUCAACUUUGAUUGGUUCAUCUGGUUUAUCUGUCAUUUUCCACUGCCGCAGUACAAAAGCUCGCUGGUUCUCAUUGCUCAUUGCUGGACUCUUCAGUUACACUUCUCUUUCUCGUCCAUCAGUUCCAUUUUCCUUUCUCUUUUAUAGGGAUUUUUAAUUUUAUUUAAUUUUUUUCCCAUCAUUAAAAACUCUCAACUCAGCAACUAGAACAUUUUGUUCAACUUAAUGUUAGAUGAUGGCCAUUUUUUUUUUUAUUGUGUUCUUUAAUAAAGCAGAAGUAAAUAUCUGUUUUUACUGCAUUGAGUUUUAUGAUGAGUGAACUACUGUCUGAUGUCCACCAGGUGGCUCUCUCGCCUUAUUUCAAGUUUUUAAUUCGUCCACUGGAAUGGACAUGAUAUUUUUCUCGGAUUAAACCAAUAAAAAAAUGAAGGAAUUUGUUA